UGAGGAAGAGAAACUGUUACUUUUGCACAAAAUAAAUAAAUAAAUAACAAAUCAGAAAUUGUACCAUAAAAUUGUCGCUACAAAAUUGCAAGCUUAUCGCGAAAAUUGCAGUUUUACGUUCUGAGCAGCCUUUGUAACAAAAUGCAGGAGUCGUUUUCAUCUCAUUUUGUUUGAACAAUAGCUAGCCCCUUGCUAUUUGUUGCAUUUUUGCUGCUCCAAUCUAUUUUUCUAAUUGUCUAAUCAACUGCUUUUCUAAUGCUUGUUACUGUUGUUGAAUGUGGGGUUUUUUUUCUUUUUUCUAAACUUCUAAUCCUCCACUCUCUCUAUAUAUAAAACCUUCUUUUGUGGUAAAGCAGGAGUAACUAGCACUGACAUCUUUUUAGAUAGAAAUACCUGAACAACAAAUUUUUCAGGUGGGUGGGCCGUGGGCAUGUCUUCUUGAGAUUCUCAUCAACAAUAUAUCUUAUGACCUAGUACUAACACAAAAGCAUUUCUGGUAAAAAAGGUGACAUCGUAGCUCGUUGGCUGGGUUUGUCAAGGUUUGCCAAAGGAAUGAGCGAGAAAUGUUCGAUUUUGGAGACGUCUCUGAGUGAAAGUAGAUAGAUAUGUCCAUAUCGUUGUAUGUAGUUUACACAACGCAAACUCCUCGUCCUUCGCUUGGUGGAAAAAGUCGUGGAUGUGUCGCGACUUAUGAGCUGUCAAUGCACAUAAUGCCUCGGAUCGUGUCUACUAGUAGUUGGUGGGCCCGUUUUUGGUGCAAGUCUAAUUGACACUUCAGCAUAGAACCUUUAAUACAAUCUCUGCAUAAGCGUCGUGCCCUACAGCGGCGCAGUACAAGAUAUGGUCAGUAGCCAUUUGAUUUAGUGUUUGCUCUUCAGGGAAACAUCAUUGUCAUAGUCGGUCACAACUCAUUAAAUGCGCAUGAAUGUAUGCAUGUCAGUCAAUUCAAUGUGCUUUGAAAGAUUUAUCACUAUUUGCUUGACGCGUCCGAUUUGCUAAAAAGUUACUAUCAAACCAUUCAUUUUUCCUACAAUAGAUGAUUUAGACCAUGUAAGACAACUUGGUCAAUAGAUCCGAUGGGUAAGGUCCGCCGCCCAGAUAUUGAUUUGACAAAACGGAAACCUUCCCCAAGUUUUGAACUCAUCCUACUCUAUCUAGAGAUAUAACUGAUAUUUGAGACCAGGUCAGUCUGUCCCCACGUUCACGUUCACGUGCAACUCAAUUUGGAGCCUAGAAAUUCGCCUUAGGUUGUCAAUACUUUAAAGUAUAAAGUAAGAAAGAAAUGAAAGCCUGGGCAAUUAUUUGGGGAUCGAUAGUGGCUUGGUCUCCAUUCGUGGUCUUGUGCAUGAGAGACCCACCCAAAUUGGAUUACGUUGGGUGGAAGACGAUCAAUUCUGGGAGUGCCCAAGCGAGAUUGAUCCCCGAUGAACCCACAAGUAUUGUCCCAUACGAUCCCUUCUCCAACUCGAUUCUCAACGAAAGACAGGACUUUAAAUCGGCUCUCAUCUUCGAAGAGCUAUUUCCACUUCAGGAGCGAUCCAUUUUGGGCGAGGAGCGAUUUUUGAAGUCUUCCAAGAACAUCACAGGAAGUGUCGGAAAUGCCAUUACACUUUUUACUUCUCCGCAAGGAUCCCUCGGAUUUCUUUUCAAUGUGUCGCUGGCGUAUGUUCUCGUUCAAGCGUGGUGGAUCUUCGCUCAUCUCGUAUUCUGGGACUAUUCAACGACUUUGCCCAGUGAGGAGUUCUCGACAGCAGCCCUUGUGGGAUUCUUAAAAAACACGGACGCAGCUUUAUUCAACCAAUUGGCUAUUUGGGGCACGGGUCUUACGGCGAGCAUUCUCUUUCUCCUGCCUCCGCUUAUACUGAACUUGUUUCCUAACUUAGCUGAAGGCCUAAGUGUCAUUGGCAGAAAGAAGAGGUCUCCUCAUGGCCGACGGAGUUUACCUUUGUUCACGGAAACUGAUAUCAAAGUCGCCAUCCGGAAAACUUUGUGCCCGCUUUGUUUGGCCAGACUGAUCGUGUUCAAUACAUUGGCGUUUCUGUCAAGCGUGGUAUUAUGGAAUAUUACUCCGUUUUUGAGGAAUGAUGGCUCGUCGGCGUUUAACUCAUUGAAUUUGGUCCGAAGGAAGCGACAUUUGGCCAAUAUACUACUACUUAACAAGCGGGAGGAAGAAGUAAACGAAUCGGAAAAAACUCUGGUUCAAAGUCUUUCCAAAUUCCAAGAAGUAUAGUCAAUGACCAAAAUAUAGAAAGUUACUUAGUUUUAUCAAAUGAUCGAAAAUAAAGCGCAUUUCCAUUCUU